AUGUUUUAUCCACGUAUUCGGGAGAAAAGUGUAAGUUUAGUAGUUCUCAGCUGGACUUGCCUAGCUGUAUUGUGCGCUGCGUCUACAGCACCUUGCGACAAGACCCGUAGAGUUUUCACCGAACCAAGUGGAAUAAUUACUGAUGGCCCCACUAACUCUAACUAUACGCAAGAUUCACAUUGUGAGUGGCUUAUUAAGGCAGCUAAUAAAAGUCAGUACAUAACAUUGAGUUUCCUUCGUAUGGGCACUGAAUGUUCCUAUGACUAUGUAUUUGUAUAUGACGGCGAUUCAUUCGAUGCUCCGUUAUUGGGAAGUUUCAGUGGAAAAACAGAGCCACAAAAUGUUACUGCUUCUAGUGGAUAUAUGUUAAUAUUACUUUAUAGUGAUACAAACUAUGUGUUAGAUGGUUUCCGAGCGACGUAUGCUAUUCACAAUUGUCCAAACAAUUGCACUGGACGAGGUUUAUGUAUGUCCAAUAAGUGCUUUUGUGUGGGUACCUGGGGGGGGCCAGAUUGCAGUGUAGAAUUAUGUCCUAAUGGAUGCUCUGGAAAUGGACAAUGUAAAGGUGAUAGAUGCCUUUGUAAAAAGGGAUAUUCUGGCGAAUCAUGUUCCCUAAAAACUAAUGACAAAGAAGGCAAUAGCUGGCACUGGAUAUCUCACACAGAAAGUGGCAUGACAAAAAGAGCUGCUCAUUCGGCUGUUUAUGUUAACCAAACAGACUCUCUAUAUGUAUUUGGAGGAUAUGAUCUGAAUAGAGUUUUAGGUUUAUUAGAGAUUUAUAAAUUUUCUACUAGUCAAUGGUAUGACGAAAACGGAAAAGUCUUAAGACGCUACCCUACCAAUGAAGAAAUUGAUAAAUCCUUACUAACUUUAUUUACUAAGGGAAACAUUGAUGGAAGUUGGCAGAUAGGCAAUCGGAGUUCUCUUUUUAAUUUGCUAUUGACAUCAUUUUCAAACCAUGACAAAACCACUUUACCUCUAAUGUACUCGCCCACAUCCACCCCCUACUCUGAAAGCUACUUACAAUUUACUGAUCGGCCUGAAUUUCUUAGCUCGAAUGCUAAAAGUAAUUACUCUAAACCUGAACCGAGGUAUGGGCACUCGGCAUGUGCUUAUAAAAACGGUUUUAUAUUGUACGGCGGUAAGCUGUCAGACGGAAGUCUCUCCUCCGAGUUGUGGUACUAUGAUGCUGUAAUUAAUGUGUGGACGCUUAGAGCUGCAAAUUCUACAUUCAUUCCACCUGGCUUGACGCGUCAUACGCUAACUGCCGUCAAGGAUGAACUGUAUGUGUUUGGAGGAAGUACAGUGGACGGCGAAUUUUCGUCAAGUCUGUACAAAAUAAAGUUGAGCGAGAAUGGCGGUGAGACGUGGGAAAAGGUGCAGGUGCGCGGUGGCAAGGAGCUGGACGUGCGCGUGGUGGCGCACACGGCGGUGCACCACGCGCCCUCUAACUCCAUCCUCGUGUACGGCGGGGUGGUGGCCAGCGUCGCCAGGUUUUCCAAGCUCUCUGAUCGGAUGUUCGCCUUCGACCUAGACUACAGGCACUGGAGCGAGAUCCACUAUCCUCGAGCUCACUUGCGCGAUACCUACGUUCCGCGCGAGCGAGCCUUCCACACGGCGACCGUCAUCGGCAACUAUUUGGUAGUGUUUGGCGGAUACUCUCAUAGACACAAUAGGGAAGAAAUCUGCUAUGACGGACAGAUGUAUUUAUAUCACCUCGGGUGUCAUUCGUGGAUACCACUGGAUGUUUUGGGUAAAACUCGCAAGUUUUAUCCGAAGAAGCAAGGAGUAUUCGCCCACGCCGCCGCGCUCAAACCGCCUUCUACUCUACUCAUUGCCGGAGGUUACCACGGCAAUGUUAAUGGUGAUUUAUUAGCAUACGUAGUGCCGAGUUGGCACGCUGGCAUCAUUAAUAAGGACCCUGAAUCAUCGUGCCCGAAACAUCGCACGCAGCCCGAAUGUCUUGCCGAUCCGGAGUGUGGGUGGUGCUCGGCUGACGAGCUUUGCUACGGAAGAACAAUAGGAUCGAACUGUACCACAAAUUUGCAAUCAAUACGUUGCUUAGGUAUCUGUCCAGCGCUUGGUGACUGUCAUUCUUGCCUCAUUCACGGACCAGAAUUAAGAAAAAAUAGUUCUCGCACUCCGCUCACUUCAGUUAGCACCAAAUUAGGUCUAUAUCAAUGUAGUUGGUGCGUCCAAAAUGCCAGGUGCCAUCACAAAGACGAUAACUAUGGUGUGUGUGGUGAAGAUACCCCUUCUGAAAAUCCUGGUUGGUGGGGCACGACGGGUACAGAAGUAACGAAUCCAGAUGAAUGUAAAAUAUUAGACAAACGACCGGGGCUUACAUUUCUCAGAUAUCAACAGCCAGCAGAUUGGAAUCAUCCAGAUGGUGUGUCUGUCGUAAAUGCGACGACUGUCGACUGGGGCACAGGGGGUGGCAGCACUCACAUAUUCACUGGAGCCAGUGAAGCGCGGCUUCGCGGAUGGCUACAUAUACCUCAAUAUUGGAACGGCACAGGAGAAACAUUACAUAUGUGUGCUGGAUACUCCAACUUAUCCCUUAACUUAGGAGAUAGUACAGACCCCGUUGCAAAUUUGACAGCUCAACCUUCCGCGUGUGCACCUAUCGACUGGCCAACUUUACGACCCGGCCGCCUCGCAAUCGAUAUGCACGCCAAUGACUCCCUUCGUACCGGGCUUUAUCCUUCCCAUCAUCACGCUAAAAUGGAACUACUUCACAAUAAAUCUCAAGAAAGUGCUAAGGUAUUCACAUUUGAAUUUUUAGAGCCCUACUCGGGAGGUCAAUGCUCGAACUACGACAACUGCCUCCUCUGUUUGUCGGACGCGGCGUGCGGGUGGUGCGAGCUGACGGACCGCUGCGAGCUGAGGGUCGUCGACGAGAAGGCGACGUGCGCCGUCGACGGCGAGUGGCGCUACCUCACGCUGCUGCCCGCCGCCUGCCCCAACUGCUCCAACUACAUCAGCUGCGAGCGCUGCGUGGCCGGGGACCACUGCGAGUGGUGGGCGGACGAGGCGCGCUGCGCGCGGCGCGGGCGGGCGGGCGGCGCCGUGCGGGCGGGCGGCGCCUGCCCCGCGCCCUGCCGCCUGCGCCGCGACUGUGAGCACUGCCUCGACGAGCGCGGCCGCUGCGUGUGGUGCGAGGCCACGCGCCAGUGCUUCAGCUUCAGCGUCUACACCAGCGAGUACCAGUUCGGCCUGUGCCGCGAGUGGCUCGACCGCGCCUCGACGCCCGCCGACGACGCGCCCCGGAAGUCCGGCCAGUGCAAGUCCUGCCGGGCGCACGCGCAGUGCUCGGCGUGUUUGCGCAGCAUGGGCUGCGGCUGGUGCCACUCGCACGAAAAUCCGAUUAACGGAAUGUGUACGGAGGGAGAUUUUACUCGUUCGCACGUAGAUUGCGCUUCCCUCUUAAACGUCACUUCCGCGGACGCGGGCUGGGCGUAUGCGCAGUGUCCCGACGUCGACGAGUGCGGGCUGAGAUUGCACGACUGUCACGAAAACGCCGUCUGUAACAACACGCACGGGUCGUACACUUGCAAAUGUAAACAGGGAUACAUAGGCGACGGAAAGAAAAGCUGCAUGCGCACUUGUUAUAAUAACUGCGUUCACGGUUACUGUUUGGGUGCUCCUCAGUACAAAUGUCAUUGUGACUUGGGUUGGACGGGAGCCGAUUGUUCGAUUAACUGUGGAUGUCACAAUCAUUCUACGUGUAGAACGGGUGUGGGGCGAUGUGACGAAUGUCAAGACUGGACGGAAGGUGAAUUUUGUGAAUCCUGUAAGCCCGGUAGUCACGGUAACGCGACCGCAGGCCAAGGAUGUCGCCGUUGCGACUGUAAUGAUCACGGCGAUGAAACCCGAGGUGUGUGUGAUGUUGCUACCGGUGAAUGUAUUUGUAAAGAUAAUACUGAGGGACAGAACUGCGAACGCUGUAAACCUAAAUUUUACGGAGAUCCCCGUCACGGUGGGAGAUGUUAUUAUCAGUGUGAACCCAGAGGAAUGUUAAACGCCUCUCAAACCGAAGGUAUAGGUUCAUAUAAAACGGAUCCUGAUAUUAAAAGUAUUGGCCCCGCUAAAGAAUGCUUAUGGAUAAUAUCAGCUGAAGAUGUUAAAGACCCAAUAAUACAAUUCACAGUAAAUUCGUCAACGUUCAACGUGCCAUGUGACCAAAACGCAGUUUAUGUAUAUGAUGGUUUGGGUGGUGUGCCAGAUUUAGGGAAUAAUCAGCAGAGUCAACUAUUAGGUGUUUUUUGUAACGGAGCCUCCUCAGGAGUUGUAGAAGCUCGCAGUGGUAACUUGACUGUUCAUUACAAACAAAGCCAACCUGAUCAAGGUUUCGAAGGUGUUUACAAUGUCUUAGCCUGCGAUGGACACUGUACUUGGCCUAGAAUUUGUAAAAAUAGACAUUGUGUUUGCAGAGAUGGUUUUGGUGGUUAUGAUUGUGGUAUAGAAAUUUGUCGUAACAAUUGUAGUAUACACCUUAACGGCGGAGUAUGUGAUACGAGCUACGGUCGAUGUCUUUGUAAUGAGGGCUAUGGUGGCGAUGAUUGUUCUCUAAAACUUGACAAAUCACAACUUGUUUUUACGGAGCUUUUUAACUCAGAUUUUCUUUCUGAUGGCUUAGAUCAUUUGAGAAAAACUUUACCAAGAUUCGGUCAUAGUUUAGUCGCCGAUAGACGAGGUCUGUGGAUGUUUGGAGGCUACUCACUGUCACAUGGUCCUUUAAAUGAUAUUAGAUUUUACGAUACCAAAAAUAAUACUUGGAUGCAAGUAAAUGUUGAUGCCACACCAGAUCCUAAAAUGCCAGAAGGUCGAUAUUUUCAUGCCGCUGAGAUUUAUCAUUCUAAGCAAAAUAUUUAUAUAUAUGGGGGACUAAGCUUGCAAGAGAAAAGCGGUCAAAAUAAAACAUUAAGAGACUUUUGGCAAUUUAGCUUGAAAGAACGGCGAUGGAAUCAAAUAAAAAGUAAAGAAGAGUCUCCUCCUCCUCUCGCUGGGCAUACGUUAACGUUACAAAAAUAUCAAGAUUAUGAAAGUUUGGUUCUUGUGGGAGGGUUUUCUUUAGAGGAAGGUUUUAUGACAGACAUGUGGGAGUUCGAUUUGGAUAACGAUAAAUGGAUUAAACUUAACUGCGGUGGUUCAAAGCCAGUUGGAAUAAUCGGCCACAGUACGGUUUAUCACGCACCAUCUCAAAGUCUAUAUGUUUUCGGAGGAAUACUGUACAUUUACAAUGGAACUACAAUAUCAAAUAAAUUGUUUUCAUUUCAUUAUCCGUCUAAGAAUUGGAGUGAAUUACCCACUUUUCCCAGUUUAAACGCUCACGACAAUUUACCACGAGCGACGUACUUGCAUUCGGCUGUUACUACAAAUGAUUACAUGAUCGUCUUUGGAGGAAGAACCAUACCAGAUAAAAGAACUAAUAAUUUGGUUGCAUAUGUUUAUAGCUGCAAUCAAUGGGUUAAACUUUCUAAAGGAUCAAAUGUUCUCGAUCACCCGCCACCCAGAACGAUAGCCCAUGCAAUGGCUAUAGACAUGGAAUCAGAGACCGAUUGGAAUAUUUAUAUAGUAGGGGGUUGGACUGGAAGUGCUAAUUGCCAAGUGACCCGCGUAACUCUGCCCGAUGAUUUAUGUUCGCUAUGGAGUUCUAGUAAAAUUGAGUGUCGAAGUCAUAUGGGCUGCAGUUUUUGUAGUACAGGAGAUUACACAAAAUGUUAUUCUGUGGAUAAACCUGGCUGUGAGGGUAGCGAUAGGAUUUCUACAAACGCGGGUGCGGCUUGUGAUGCUGAUUUGGUAGCGAGGCGUCCAUGUGAAAAUUUUACUUCGUGUAUGUCUUGUUUAGCUGCCUGGCCACUAUACCCGGAAGAAAAACCAGCUUGUCGAUGGUGUGAAACGUGUGCUGCUGGAAUCGGUGAAUGUGUCCCAACAGACGAAUCUUGUAUAAGUAUAAAGUGUAAUGCUGGAACUACGUAUAUCAGUGAUUCAGCCCAGUGUCCUGAAUUAAGAUGUGUGGCACCAGACUGUGAAAAGUGUGUUUCAAAUCAAUGUUCUUGGACGCGACUAGUGAAUAGGGGAGCACAAAUUACAAGAAUCACAGACGACCCGCUAGAGCUGUACAGCUGGACAUGUGCUGCAAUAGAAGAACCACGUACAACUUUGCUCGCGCUUUCACUCAAACUUGGACACUCAUACUUCGGGCUUACGAAAGAAGAGUGUCCUAGCCGAUGCCACCUUUACGACGACUGUCAGUCUUGCCUUAGUUCAGAGGGUGCUGAGGGUGGUUCAUCCGAAUGUCAUUGGGCAAGCUAUCUAGGUACUUGCAUUUCUCCAGCGUAUCAACCCUUGUACUGUGCGGGUGGUGUAUGUGGGUUAGUUUUAACGAAGGCUGAUAAGAAUAAGUGUCCAGCGCCUUGCGGUACCUUUGAGCAAUGUACCGAGUGUCUUCAUCAUUCGCAUUGCGGUUGGUGCGCUCUGGAAGGAGCUAAUGGAGAAGGCGUGUGUACUGAGGGAUCAAUAGAUUCUCCAUUGGAAUAUUCAUCGAAAACCACUUGUGCCGCCGUGUAUUCAAACGUUCAUCAAACCAGUGGCACAAAUGACACGUUCUCCUGGCACUACACUCGCUGUCCACCAGAAAACGAGUGUGAAAAUAAUCACCAUCAAUGUAAAGCGGAAUCCGAGGUGUGCCGCGACCUGCCCGAGGGCUACGAGUGCCAGUGCGGCGCGGGCCACCGGCGCGUGGGCGGCGCGUGCGCGGCCGUGUGCUCGCAGGGCUGCGUGCGCGGCGCCUGCGUGCAGCCCGACCGCUGCCGCUGCGACUUCGGCUACGUGGGCGCCAACUGCACCAUCCAGUGCCAGUGCAACGGCCACUCGCACUGCGAGGGGCCCGACAAGCUCGACGUCUGCAUCGAGUGCCACAACGACACCAUGGGUAGUCAAUGCGAGAGGUGCAAGCCGAACUUCGUGGGCGACCCGACGGACAACGGGCAGUGCAUCCCGUGCUCGGUGUUCUGCCACGGGCACACGGCGGCGUGCAGCGGCGAGGAGGGCGCGGAGGGCGCGGAGGACGAGCCGUUCCGCGAGCCGGCGCGCGCGCGCUGCCUGCGCUGCGCCAACCACACGGACGGGCCGCGCUGCGAGCGCUGCCUCGAGGGCUACUUCCGCGGCUCCGACGACUUCCGCGACCCCUGCCGCCCGUGCGAGUGCCACGGGCACGGUGACACGUGCGACCCGGUGACGGGCGAGAAGUGCAACUGCGGCAACAACACGGAGAGCGACGCCUCGUGCCAGGCCUCCGUCUCCAGCAAGAACUCGGCGCAGGAGUGCUGGCGCUCCCAGUGCGUCAAGUGCCGCGACCUCUACAUGGGCGACCCGCGCAACGGCCACCAGUGCUACAAGACCAUCAACAUCGAGAACAAGCUCUGCUUCGACGGGAAGUCCAUAGACGAAUGCAAAAUUAAACCUCGUCCUCUAUAUCCUGGACAAACUGUCUUUGUAGCCGUCAACCCCCGAUUCAUGAACGUAGAUAUACGAGUAAUAGUCGAUGUGACGCAGGGUGCUGUCGAUUUGUACAUGAGCCCCAACGACAGUUCCUUUGUCGUUUCUGUAAAUUCGAGCACAGGCGCUCAUGCUGUAGAACUCGAUCCCACUUAUUACAAACACGAGCCUUUCCGGAAAAUGCCAUCAUUCGACGAUCACGUACCGGAUAAACUUGGAAAAGUGACGUGGUAUUAUGACAAGACAGAAUACGUUCUUGCCGAUUUUACGGCUAAGAACUUAGCUACGUACGUGACAGUGGAUAAGAGAAAUGUUUUGCUUCGCGUUAAGAAUCUCCGUAACCGCCUCGUCCUGACCUUACCUCAGAACGUUCACGACUUGGCACGCACGAAGUUUUAUAUUAUCAUCCGAGCGGCAAACUCUGAAGACGGCUUAGCGAGCUUCGGCGUGACUUUCUUCCGCCAGGACCAGUUGCACAUAGAUUUGUUCGUGUUUUUCUCAGUUUUCUUCUCCUGUUUUUUCCUAUUCCUGGCGGCGUGUGUCGUGGCGUGGAAGGCGAAGCAAGCUGCCGACGUUCGUAGAGCGAGAAGGAGACAUGUCGUAGAGAUGCUGCACAUGGCGAAGCGGCCGUUCGCGGCGGUGCGCGUGGUGCUGGGCGGCGGCGCGUGGGGCCGGCGGCGGCGCGCCGAGCUGCGGCCCGUCGCCAUCGAGCCCACCGCCGACGGCCGCGCCGCCGUCACCUCGCUGCUCGUGCGCCUGCCCGGCGGGGCGCGCGCGCCCGUGCGCAUGGCGCUGGCGUCGGCGCUGGUGCUGGUGUCGCGCGCGCCGCCCGCGCGCCUGCGCCCGCGCCGCGCGCUCUCCUAG